AUGUCUUCUACCAGACUCAUUCCUCUGUGGAAGGAUUUUAAAUACUCCAUAAGUGAAAUUGUACAUGAUCGGCAGCUAUCUUUCGAUGAUUCAAAGAGGGAUCUAGUUGUGUUGAGUGACCGGCCCCAGAUAUUGUUCAGAGAGUCUCGCUAUCCUCACAGUAUGCCACUGGUAUGCUAUUACUUCAGUGAAGCCUACUUCUUUGCCUCCCUCUCUUGGGUAACAUCAAGCACGAAAGAAAUACAGGCUGUAUUAUGGAUAAAGGAGAAAACUGAUGACAUGGUUGAGAAGAAAACAUUCCCCAUGACUGAACGAUUGUUGCCCAUUCAGUCCAUCGUCCACACAGGUUCCUUUCAUAUCAUCGUGGCUUAUUGCGGUGACAUGACUCUGCGGCUCUUUGGGGACCACUUCCGGGCAUUCAAACCCCUAGAUGUAGUGCCGUGCCGCUUCAACAUCAGCUGCCUCUGCUAUGACCCGGAAAUGAAGAUGCUUUUAUCCGGCAUCUUGGGGGCAGUGGUCACUUGGAUCAUUGAACGAAGUGGCAAGGGCCUCCAAAUAGCCUACAUCAUUACUAUGCCUGGUGAGGAACUUGUCCACAACAUCGUGCUAAAUGGCCCCAAUGGCUCCAUCCUCGCCCUGUGUGAGACUGUGGUGAGGGUCCUUCAGCGUCAGAGCCAGGGCCAGCUGGCAGAGAUAAAGAGGUUCGUUUCCAGCACAAGUGGCUCCUCUAUCACCUGCUGCUUCACCUGUUCUGAUCAGGGCUUUCUCUAUGCCGGAAACAAGGCUGGGGAAAUCCAAGUAUGGAACCUUUCUCGGGGCCAAUCUCUCCACGGUUUCAAGGCCCAUCACUCAUCAGUGAUAUGUAUUCGCAGCCGGCCGGAGGCCCACACCCUGCUAACAGCUGGCAAAGAAGGCCUAAUUAAAGAGUGGAACCUUACUUCAGGGAACCUGCUUCGGCAGCUAGAACUUAGCGAGGAGCUAUGCCAACUCCAGUUUAUUGACGGCAUGACUUUCUUCUGCCAAACCACCCACAGUUUUUCCUUGCGCCGCCUGCCCUGUUUCUAUAGUCUCUUCAAUGUCUGUGGUUCUGCUCCCCAGCAGGUACGUCGGAUCCGCUGUGGAGAUAACUGGUUCCGGAUCCUGUGCACUACUGAUGAUGGCUUAUUGCGCUUUUUGUCCCCAGUAACGGGGAAUCUUCUGACUCUUACCUGGCCAUUCCCAAUCCUGGACCAGGCUGUAGACUGGGCCUAUGAUCCAUGUAAAGAGGAGCUCUUUGUAGCGACAGGAAGUUCAGAGAUACUGGUGUUUGACACAACUCGCUGCCCUUGCCCAGCCAAGUAUCUCUUAUGUACUUCUCCAAAUGACGAUGACUUUGUACAAUGCCUAGCUUUUGGGCAUUUCAAUCUGGGGCGGGGUCUGGAAGGACUGAUAUUCUCUGGACACCGGAGCGGUAUGGUAAGAGUGCUAUCCCAGCACAGCUGUGCCCGAAUAGAGAAAUUCAUGCACUUUGGCACUGUCCUGGCACUCUCUACGCUGUCUGGAGGGCUUUUUGGUGGUGGAGAAAACUCUUUCCUCUGUUCCUAUGGAAUGGAUAACUAUGUACAUCUGUCAGAAGCUGUGCUCACUGGGGUCAGAGUACAACUCCAGCCCCUUGCCAGCAUUCUCAGCAGCUGUCACCUAACCCACCUGAUGCUUUUACCCAAGUCUGUGUGUGCCAUCACAGAGACUAACUGUCUGCGUCGCUGGAAUUUCCAUGACUUUUUGGCCUCUGGAUCAAUGAAUGCCUCAUCGUUCUUAGAAACAUUGACCCUUCACCAGUGUACCAUCAUAUCCUUUGAUGUCUGUCUGUCCUUGAAUAUUUUUGUCACAGGUGGUAUUGAUGGCACUGUCCGGAUCUGGGACUUCCAAGGUAGACUUGUAUCCAUGCUGGACUCAUCACUUCACUUUGGCCCACUCUGUUUUGCAAAUGACCGGGGUGAUCUGCUUGUGACUUUCAACCAGAGUCUUUAUCUGAUUUCCUGUUUAAAACUGUUUUCCCCAAACCUGCUGUCUCCACUUUCCUUUGUGAGUAUAGCAGAUGAAGUAGUCGAAGUCCCUAAGUCCUUUAUACCAAGCUUCUUCUUCUCCUUUGAGACUAUGUUGGUGCCUAAGUAUGUUUACUCAGGGAAAGGGAAACAGGAAUUAAUGGGUCUGGUGAGCCUUGCCAAUAACCGGGCCAUUGCCUUUGACCAUUCUGUGCCACAUGUCAUAGAAGAUGAGGAAGGGAGCCCACUAUUACUGUAUACCCCUGCCCGUGAUCAUGAUUCUCUGCAGGAGUUAGAAACUGACUCGAUGCAGAUAAGCAAACUUGAUCAUCCCCGUUAUGAGAUUUAUCCCCAACUACAGGUAACUACCUGGGAUGGACUCAACCCAUAUCGUAUAUUGCAAUGCUACUUUGGUCAUGGGCGGGAAUGGCUCCUUGCCCCUGAUUGCUAUAUCCCCAACUCAGUGAUUCGUGCCCGUCUUUGGCCAGAGGGCAGCCCAAUAUUCCUACAGUGCACCCUGCACUCACCCCAACGGGAACUGGAAUGGGAUAAGUCUCAACGAUUUUCCUUCUGGCGCAGCAGGGUAAAAUCUCUAAGAGAAUUAAGUGAACCUUCACAGAAGGAGGAUGCAGACUUCCUAGAAACGAGACUAUCUAAGGAUAUAACCUACAAUGUUUUUACAGACGGAGAAAACCGAAGUUGGCUGGGGAGAAAGAUGAGUGAACAAGCUGUUAAUACCUUGCUUGAGACAGUCCUCAAUAUUAUGGUUCAUGCUGCCCCACUGAAAUACCAAUGCUGUGUUGGUGCACUAGGGCAACUCUUUGCCUGUUACCAGGUAUCUCCAUUCCUGCGCUCUGAGACAGCCCGUCGUCUGCUGGAUGAUACAUCCAAUUCUAACCCAUUGAUCCGAGAACUAGCCUGGGAAGGGCUGAAGCGUCUAGGAAUGGUUACUCAUCUUUUUGCUGUGCCUCUAGCUCAAGGAUUAAUGGACAAGGACCAAAGAGUGAGGGCUAAAGCCUUGAGCCUCAUAGAUGGGAUUGGUAUCCAAUCUAAGAGGUCACUCUUACAGCUAAUGCAGAAAAGAGAGAUUUUCCGAGAGAUGCAGCAGGAGACUAUUGGGGAGGAACCGCUGGACCGUUUGCUGGGCAUGCGACCCACAGAUCUCCAGAUUGUUCAGAAUCAGGUGGAGCAGCGAUUAAAUGAGGACCUGACCUUAUCACAACCAGAUGAAAAACAUGAUUUUCCUUUAGAUGCCAUAAGUGUUACUGAACUUCGCAAGGGGUCUGCACAAACUGUGGUUUCUGAAGAAUAUGAAGCACCCACCAAGCCCCUCAAAGGCCAUAAACGGGGCCGAUCAGUGAGCAAAAAGCAUAGCCGAAAAUUCUUGCGGCCUCUCAAGAAGAUGAAAGAAGGAGUCACAGAGACAGCUCCCUUAGCAGAUGCAAGUGAUCAGGGUGAAACUAUACCAACUGAGAUGGAGGAAACAUUCAUCCAGGAAGAGUCAUCAGUCACCAGUAUAAGAAAGGUCUCUGAGGCUCAAGACAAAGAUGUCUCAAGGAUUGAUAUUAGGUUGUCCCUGGAUAUGCUGAAGAAAACACGGGACAAAAGAAGUAAGAAAGCUAAGAAACCCCUAAAGAAGCGCAAGAAGUCAAGAAAAGAAUCUGAAGUUAAAAUUGUGGAAACUCCACCUCCUUCAGAGGAAGAGUCAGUUAUUCCAACAGUUACAACCAAAGGGCGAGGUGCUGCUGGAAUACCUGGCCGCAGGGCUGGCUCUGGACAUAGCGCAUCAUGGCGGGAUGAUCUGUGUCGUCUUAGGAACCUGAGGAUUUCUGGGUCCCAGAGAAAUAUGUUAGAAGAUUUAAACAAUGAGCUAGUGACUGUGGCUCAGGAAAUGCUGGCAGAUCGGCAACCUAGCUGGGAACUCUUUCAGGAGAUCUGCCCCCUGUUGAAGAAAGAAAGCGAAGUUUCACUUGAGGACCUUGACUGGGAGGUAGUCUGGCCAGAGGAAGAACCAGUUUUUAUCUAUGAAGAAGCAAUUAGAGAGGACAUGGUGAUUCCAGAUGAGGAAAAGAUAGAAGAGGAACAAGCACAAGAGGAAGGGGAAGCAGGAGACAUGCAGGACUUGGAGGAAACCCACAUGAUUCCGAGAAAAGGCAGAAGAAAGAAAGUUGAUUUUGUAGAACCAGGUGACCUAACCAAGGGGAGACGAAUAUCAAAGAAAGAAGAGAAGAAAUCUAAGAAGUCAUCUAAGCACCAUCUGGAAAAAAAAGUGGGUAAAAAGAUGAAGGAAAUUAUCAAAGCAGAAAGGGAUACUAGUGAGGGGGAAGAGGUUGAGGAAGAGGAAACAUCAGCUAUGGAUGAGAAGAAAUUGUCUUCACAGGAGCAGAAAAGGUCCUGGGAUGAAUGGAAACGGGCCCUCAGUGACAUGAAGGUAUCCUGGGAUGGACUGAAAGAAAGGAAGCGUCUUUCAGAGGAAUUACCCCAAGCUGAAGAGAAGCUAUUUCCAUCUGAGGAAAUACUGGAGGGGGACAAAAGGAAACUGGAAAGGGAUGAGUGGAAACGGGCCUGGGAAAGUAUAAUGGCAUCCAAAUAUAAGGAUGAGGAAGUGUCUCAGGAGAAAGAAGUGACUCAAGAGGAAGAAGUGACCCAAGAGGAAGAAGUAACUCAAGAGGAAGAAGUGACUCAGGUGGAGGAAAUGACUCAGGAGGAGGAAGAAGUAACUCAAGAGGAAGAAAUGACUCAGGAGGAGGAAGAAGUGACCCAGGAGGAGGAGGAAGUGGCUCAGGAGGAGGAAGAAGUGACUGAGGAAGAGGAAGAAGUGAUUGAGGAGGAAGAAAUGACUCAGGAGGAGGAAGUGACUCAAGAAGAAGAAAUGACUGAGGAAGAGGCAAUGGCAACGCUUGAGCAGAUAAAGGAAAAAGAGCGGUUCAUAGAAGAGCAGAAACAGAUCCAGGAAGAAAAGAAACAGGCCAGAAUACAGAAGAAACAAGCCCAAGCUGAGAGAAAACAAGCCAAAGAAGAGAGGAAACUAGCAGCAGAAGAACUGAAACUCGCACAGGAAGAGAGACAACUGGCCCGCGAAGAGAGAAAACUGGCCCGUGAAUAUCUGAAAAUGGCCCAGGAAGAUGGGAAACUAACCCAAGCAGAGAAGAAGUUUGCCCAGGAAGAGGAGAAACUGGCCCAAAGAGGAGAGAUGCUAAGUGAGGAAGCAGAGAUAUUUGCCCAGAAAAGAAAAAAACUGACCAAGAAGUUGGAAGAACUGGCUAAAGAAGGAGAGAAAUCAGCAAAUAAAGCAGGGAAGCUGGCUGAAGUAAAAGCAAUAUUGACCCAGAAAAUAGAAAAUUUGGUCCAGACAGGAAAACACAUGGAUGGGCAAGAAAAGCAGCUGGCCAGGGAACUGGAGGAACUGGAACGGAACAUGAGGGAAGUGGUUUGGAAAGAAGAAGAACUGACUCUGGAGGAGGAGACACUAGCUGAGGAAAAGGAGAACCUAGCUCAGGAAGAGAAGACAUUGGCCUUGGAAGAAGAAAAACUGGCUAAGGAAGAGAAAAAACUGGCCCAGGAAGAAGAUCUGCUAAUCCAAGAAGAGGAGAAACUGGCUAAGGGCCAGGAAAAAAGGCCUGGGGAUGAGGAAAGACUGGCCCAGAUAAGAGAGAAAUUGUUUGAGAAAAAGGCAAAACUGGCCCAGGAAAGGGAAAAAUGGGUCCAGAAGAAGGAAGAACUCAAAAAGCAUGAGGACAUAUUGGUCCAGAAAGAGAAGCAUCUGGCUUCACAAAACAAGAUUUUGUCUCAGGAUAAGGAAAAAUUGGCUAACAGGAAACUGGACCUCCUCUCUCAGACAGGUAAACUCACUGAGAAAAGAGAGAAAUUAUUCCAAGUGAAGAAGAAAUUGGAGCUGUAUAAAGAGAAAAUAUUUCAGAUGCAGGAGAAGCUGACACGGGACAUGGCGAUAUUAAAACAGAAGAAAGAGAAACUGGUUAAUGCAGAGAAAGAACUGAUGCAAGAAGAAAAAAGUCUGCUUCAGCAACAGGACAAAUUGGGCCGUGAAAAAAUUAAAUUAGCUAUGGAGAAGAGGGCAUUUUUCUAUGAAGGGACUCGUCUCAGAGGAGAGUUGGAUGUUGCUAAGGAAGGAAAGACAUUGAAUAUGGAAAUGAAGAAACUGGCUCAAGAGAAGAUGAAACUGGCUGAUGUGAAGGAAGGUCUUCUCAAGGGAGAUGUUAAAGAUACUUCAAGACAGAAAAAGAUGAUUCAAGAAGACUAUGAACAAGUUAAGAGGAAAUUGUCACUAGAGGAGAAGAUACUGGUACAUGAAGAUAUGAUGUUGGCCACAGAGGAAAGGGACAUUGCCAAAGGGAAACUGGAACAUACUAGAGGAGAGAGAGUACAUGCGCAGGAAGAAAGGAAGGCAAUUAGAACAAUGAUGAAGUUGGCUAAACAAAAGGAAAACCUUUCCAAGGAACCGAAAAAAACGAACAAAAUCGUAAAAGCACUUCAAAAGCUAAUCAAUGAUGAAAGGAAAAUAACCCAGGAAGCAAUAGAGAUGACAAAGAAGAAGAAGACACUCUUUGUUAAGGAGAGAAAAUUGUCCCAGGAACAGGGUAGACUUGAUACCAAACAGUGGGAUGUUUCUCAGGACCAGUCAGAAAUGACCAAAGAUGAGAAGAAACUAGCUCAGAAGCAGAGAAAACUGGCCAAGGAUUUUCAAAGAAUGACAAACAAAGAGGAAAAAAUGAUACAGGAAGAAAACAAAUUGUUCAAGAAACAUAAUGUCAUACGGGAUGAAGAAGAGGAAGAAGUGCAGGAGGAAGAAAAGGUCGUCCCCUUCCUUAAACAAAGGUGGAGAAAAGGAAAACAGAAAAAGAGCCUUGAUGAUAUGCUUUUAAGUCAAUUGGAUAAAGUGGACAGUGAAGAAUACUUUUUUGAAGAAAAAGACCUGUUAGAGGAACUAGAGCAAGACAGUUUGUCUGAGGAGGAGGAAGAGGAGGAGGAAGAGGAGGAGGAGGAAGGGGAGGAGGAGGAAGAAGAGGAGGAAGAGGAGGAGGAAGAGGAGGAGGAAGAGGAAACAAAGAAGAGGAGGAAGAAGAAGGAGGAGGAGAAGGAGAAGAAAAAGAAGAAGAAAGAGGAGGAGGAGGAGAAGAAGAAGAAGAAGAAGAAGAAGAAGGUAGGGCAGAAGGAGGACGUGUUUGAGGAAACGGAAGAAAGCAUGAGCGAAGAAGACAUGGAAAGUUUGAGUGAGGAGGAGAGCAGCUCACUGGAAGAAGAGGUGGACAAGGAAAAAGGGAUCCUAAAAAAAGAAAAACUAUUUAGGCUACAAGAAAGGAUAAAGAGCCUAAGAGGAGGGGAAAUGGUCCCUUUCCUUGAAAAGGGAGUCCCUCAUAUUAUAGGCAGUGCUAUGAAACUAGGAGCUAUAAAAAGUCCUUUUAAGAAACUGAUCUCUGUGUCUCUGGAGAUGGAAAAGAAGACAGCAGCGCCAGAGUCAACACUGGUGCCAGUGAAAGAAAUAUCCUUGAAAGAUAAGCCCAUACUACUUGAGAUAUCCAGGAAAUUUCCAGGGGCAAGAUUUGUGGAUAAAGAAGGAGAACUGUUGGAGAAAUUUAAGUCCCUGGCUCUACAUCUUUCAGAUAUAGCUUUGGAGUCCCAGAAACAGGACUUAAAGACCCCAUUCAUGUCCCAAAUAUAUAGAAAGACCAUGGAAGCCCAGAAAUUCCAACACAAACCACCACCUUCUCAGUGGAAGUUGUUUUUUCAGCCUCAUCCAUCUCCAAAGGAAAAGACUAAGGUGCAUUUACCUCUCCCCAAAAUCCUGGCUGAGGAAAAACAUCCUGAUGUAAGCCUCUCAGAUGUAAAGCAGAUCCAUGAUAUUCUACAACGGAUGGAAGCAGGAGAACAGCUUCCUAGAGAGAGGUUCCACAGAGUGUGCCAGGUCCUCAAAGAUCUCACCUCAAAGGGAAACGUAGACUGGCUGCAAGUGGCCAAACUUGAAGCCAUUGUGAAUCGUCACAGGCAGGCUCUAAAAUCUCGAAGUACAAGGAUCUCAGAACCCAGGAAGGAGCCCAUGAGUACAAAAUAUCUGAAAGUGAUUCCUCCUAUAAAAGGAAAGAGAAAAGACACCUGGCUAAAACCUUCAGCCGUCCCCACAUUAAAGUCUACAUUAGCUAGCAAGAAGAUUCCAGACCCAAAGGCUACAAACUGGGAUCUUCUCAGAGAGCCUUACAGAAGUGAGCGGGCACAGCAGAUAUCCACUGCUCUCAAAGAGAUGGAAACGCAGUACUUUUAUCCUGCCACGAGAGAUAUGAUUCCAAGUACCCAUACCUCUGUGGAAAAACAAACCUUAGCACUGAUGUUUCAAAAGGACUUCUGGGAUUUUAAGGCUAAAGGCCAGUUUGCCAGAUUGCCUAAGUUCGAGAAGACACAGCCCAUCUCUAAAAAAGAGGAAGGGGAAGGGGUGCCUCCGUGGGAGACGUUUGUGGCACUGUACCAUGUUUUGCGGAUGCUGCAGAAGCGAUAUGGAAAGGACAAAGCUGGUUGGAUGAAACAGUUCAACAGAGUUGUGGACCUGUACCAACUUAAGUCCCCCCGAAUCCAAAGGCUGCUACAGGACCUGCUAAUGAGAGAAGAACGUCAACCCCAAAAGAUUAUCUACAAAGAGGCCCCAAAGUCCACAGAGCUAGCUCCAGGGGAACGGUUGUUCUACUGCCUGUUUUGUGGCAGCUCUACCACCCCUAGAGGCCCUCAGGUAUUCCAGGAGGUGAUACCCCUCCCUGGGAAGAACAACGUGCGCACCAUCCUUCCCAUGGGCAUCGCCAAAUAUGGGAUCUUAGAACUUGCCUGGAAAAGCCUGCCUCAAGCUGACGUUCAUCUAACCAAGGAACUGCAGCAGACUUUCUAA